CUCUAUGAAUCUUCUCUCUCUCUCUCUCAUACCAAUACAUCUUGUGACUGGUAUUGGUCUAUUGAGUUGAAAGUUAAAAAUAGACCAACCCACUUACCCGACCAGCCCAUCAGCUUUUACUAGUCUCACUCACAACUAAAGCACAUGCUUGCUUUAUAGCCUAGUCUGUCUGUCUUAUUUUGUCACUUGCCAAAAAUGGCAAAUCCACGAUAGAGUAGUAGAAUUAACCAGCUGUUUACUAGAGCAAGCAUUUUACCCACAAGUUAGCCUAGAAAUAAACGAAAGGCAGGAGAACCAAAGUUGUUUAGAGUAGUGUGUACAGGAAGAUAGUUGAAAUAGUGUAAAAUUUGGAGCGGAUAUAUACAUAUUUAUAUAUAUUGGAGAGUUAUGAUUUGUAAAGUUGAAUAUAAUACAUGGAUUGUACCGGAUCAUGUAGAAGUAUUAUUGAUUCUGUUUAGCGUAUGAGACGGAUCUGUUACGUAGAUUCCAAUGGCCAGAAUAAUGAUACAUCCCUAAACAACCAUUCUCAUCCAGUGAACAAGCCGAGCAACCAUCUACAGCAGCUAAAUAACAACAACAUAUGGAGGAAAGCAGAUGCAAACAAGAACCAUAACUCUAACAACAUUAUAACAGUUGUUGCUGGUCAACAACAUAUAGGGACAAAUAGCAUUGUUCAGAAGCAAGUGUAUUACAGCAACAGUGUUAGUUCUGCGGACAGAGUCAAAGACAACCCAGUUCUUAACGGAAAGCCCCAACUUGGCAAGGAAGAUCAGGUGCCGUCUCCAAAGAAUGAACUGAACUCAAAUAAACGCAUGAACAGCAAUGGCUAUGGGCGGGUUAGAAUGACUGGCAGCUCCUCAUCUACCAAUGAAAAUUUGUCAUGGUUAGCUGAUGUGGCAGCUAGUCAGUCUUCUCAGAGCCAAUUGCAGUCAUCAGAAAGUUUGUUGUCAAGUCGUCAGGAGACACAAGAAGGUUUAGGACAUUCAUCUUUACACACAUCUGGAUCCUCGCAAGGAACAAUUUUUCGUCAAUCGGUAACAAUGGCUGAAGGAGGUCAGCGUUUAAUGGCAGGAAGUCAGUAUAUGGGAGGAAAUCCGUCAAUGGCUCCAUAUUCUCCUCUUUAUAGCGUCCACGGACAACCUCAACAUGUCUCUAAUGUUCCUCAACAAUAUAGUGCUUUAUAUCAAUAUCCUUCUUCUUAUUCUCACACCAGUUCAACCCUCAUGCCAGCCGGACAUUAUCCACAUAUAGAAUCGUACUCCGCUGUUCUCGCCAGUAUGGGCAGCCAUGUUCAGCACGGCAACCCUGCUUCACAGACGCAGCUACCUCGAACACCGUUUAUGUCUGGGAGCCCCAUGCCCCAAUAUUCCCCAAUAGGGGCUCAUCGCAGCUUGUCGGCCGCCUCAUCGCCUGGCCCUCUUCAUCCGUCAAGUAAUUACAACAUACCUGGAGGAGAAUCCCUGUUACAUGAAACCCGGUCCCCUAAAGUUGAAGGUCGAGAAGGAGAAUGGGGUCAUAGGUCGAGUUCAAGUGGUAACUUGCGCGAGGAACGGAAUUCCGUUUAUACUUCAGGUUCCUCCAUGAGUAAAUCUACACCUGGACUGUUACCUGGAGAAAAAGAUCUGUUUUACAAAGUUCCGAGUGGUAAAGAGGGCAGCUUAAAACAUAGAAUAUUAACGCGACCUCUAGACGCUCCCGGUGAGGCUGAAGAAUACAAAUAUUCCCAUUCUUCAAGGCACGAUGAACCGAGUGUUAAAAGAACUAAGAUGUCUUCUGCUAGUGGGUCUUCACAUGCAGUGCAUGUAUCGACAGCAGAAGAGUCACACAUAACUGGGCAAGGUCCGGGUCCUCCCCAAGAUAUUCUACAAGAACUGGGGGAACUACAGGGUCUUCCCCCUCCGCAUCUACAUUAUCCUCCUCAUUUUAUGAGGGGAUCAGUUAUACAACUGGCUAAUAAUAAACUAAAACGUGUUGAAGAUCUAGAAACUUCUGAUUUUGUCCAAAGUGCUGAAAUUAGUUCUGAUCUCAAAAUAGACUCAAGUACGGUGAUACGUAUAGAUGAACAUGUGAACAGGGGAACUGCCAUUUUAGGAUUUUCUGUAGGAGAACACAAGGUGAAGGUGACCGUAGAAGCUACCUUGGAGCACCCAUUUUUUGUGUUUGGCCAGGGUUGGUCUUCGUGUUGUCCUGCUCGUACAUCUCAGCGCUAUGGACUAGAUUGUCAGAAAUUAACAAUAAACGAUGUGUGUAUAUCUUUAACUCAUAAAGACGUUACAUUAAAAGCUGCGGAGAUCAGUCAACAACAAGCUCGAAUGUCCCCAUCAACCUCGCGUCAAGGUCAAAGUCAAGAUUUUCCAUUUUCAGAAACACAAAGGUCUGAAGGACAUAGUGUGACACCUCAGUCUCGUUCGUCGGAAAUGAGUCAAGAAUCUUAUCAGCAGAGAUCAUAUUCGUUGGAGAAUUUAGAAUUUAAUCCGAACAAACGAAAAGAUAAUCAGAAUAUGGAAAGAAAACAAUGAUAAAGUAUAUUUAGUUUUAAAAGUCGCUUAGUAAGAUAUGAACACCGUCGUCUGUUGAGAGAAAAAAUGGCUGAGUUUUGUUUCUUAUUAGAAGAUGAUGAUGAGAAAUGUCUUGUUUGGUUUUUUUUUUAGUAAAUUUUUUUCUCAGAAAGUGCUUGGUUUAUUGUGAUGACAAGAUGUGGAAUAUCGAGAAACUGGACGAUGUUUACGUAGGAGAGAUUAACCCAGUGAUAAAUGUUAUUAGUUAUAGUUACUAAAGAAAAGGAAUCCAUUACUUUUCUUUUUUAUCAUUGUUAAUUUUUGAAAGCCAUUUAGAAAUGUUAUCUUACAGUUCAAACCCUCUGUGUUGCCAUGAAAUAUUCUUAAUAUACAAGAAUGUAGGACCAUCAUUCGUUUUGGGGGUUGUUUUUUUUUAUGUUAUCUUUUUUCAGGUCAGUUUGGGAAAAGAUCCGCUAACUCUAACCCUUGUGAUAUCCAACUUGAUGUGUGGAAAUUCCAAAAUAUAGAUUCUCACAUUAGUAUAAAAACCAGCUCACAUUUCAUUCAGGCCGUUUGUAUGAUUUUAGUACCUCAAUGAUUAUAACAAGUACCACCAUACUAUGGACCAGGAACUAACUAUGACUUCAUCUCAGCUAUCUUAAAAUUGCAAUGUCAAAUCAAAAUUCGAAUUCCGCUAAUCAAUGCAUAAUUUUGCAAGGAACAAGCAUACCAAAACUCAUUUUGAUUGUAUAUGAAUUGACAAUCUGAUUAGAACACAGAUCUGAAAUAUAGAUCGGGGCCCUUAUUCACGAAAACUUAAACUAAGAUACAAUCGAAAUUUUAAGAAAUACUGCAAUUGGAUUGGCUGACCAAUAUGCAAAUUGGAUAUUUGCAAAUUGAUUUUACUGGUCAGCCAAUUGAAUUGCAGUAUUUCUUAAAAUUUCGAUUGUAUCUUAGUUUAAGUUUUCGUGAAUAAGGGCCCGGUAUUUUAAUCAGAUUGAUGAAUUGACAGAGCUUUAGACUUUGUUGGAAGAGCAUCGCCGCCAAGAACAAGAUGAGAUGACGUCCAGUUUCUGGUCAAAAAAUUACUGAAGAAACAAUUCAGGAUAUAUGUCCAUGUAAAUUAGAUCUCCUAAAAUGAAUUGCAAUCUGAUUAAAACACAGAUCCUAUUUCGUUUUGUUUUUUAUAAUUCAAAAUUUCGUUUUACUUGUCUGUACUACACUAGGAUCUGGGAGAGUUGUUAUAUAACCCACAUUCUGAUUGAUGUGAGGGAUUAGCCAAUGAAACAGUCUGUUACGGCGAGUUUUUGGCAUGCUGUGUACGGAACUGUGGGUAAACCACUAGAAACAUCAACGCUGAUUGAUUGAUCAAUGUCUGAACCCUGACACGACCUUCCACUACAACCGGUCAGAUCUUUAUGUAGUGUAGGCCAUCGAAAGUAUAAAAAAACAAAACAAAAUAUUCAUGUGUAUUUUAAUCAGAUUGAAUGGAUUGAAACUUAAAAGCCAUAUUUAAGGCAGUGUUUUUCAACCUGGGCACCUUAAGGAUCUGAAAAAAAAUGAUGGGGGUCCACAAAGUCAAAUAGAGCUGCAGGGGAAAAGGGUUCCAUGAUUUUUCUUGAAUAAGACAGGCCUUUAUUGAAUGUAAAUGAAUUGCUGGUGUAUUUAUUGCAAUAUUGUUAUUAAUAUUUUGUACACACUAUUUGAUAAACCUAUCCAAUUUUUCAGUAAUAUUUAAUGAAUAAAUGAACUUUGACCUGUACUUUUGUAAAUUAAGGAAAAUUUCAGGCAGCACAAACCGCGUGAAUAGACAAGAUCCAUCUUCAGACAGAGAAACAUCACAAUUUAAAUAUAUAUGAUUAUCGAGUCAAUGAUGGACAUUCCAUUCCGCAAUUGUAAUUUACAAUUACAUGUUUGUGUUUUGCGCUGCUUAAAAACCUUCACUGGUUGACAUGAAUACUUGAACCAUUUGUUGAAUAAAAGAAUUGUCACAAAUUUGUAAACUGUUAAUUGUAAAAGAAACAUUUAUCAUCAUUGAUAAAGGAACAUAAAUGCAUGCGUGUUCAAACAAUAUCUAUCUGAAAAUUAUCAUGAAGUUGCUGAAAGUCAAUUUUUUACAAUGCAAGGGGAAUAACUCCACUUAACAGAGGUGGCUGUUAUGAAAUGUCAGUUACAAUGAAAUGGUAUGAUCCAAAUAUCUCAUUUCUAAACUUUAAACAAAAAUUUACUUAGAUUUUAUUUGUAUCGUCAAUCUUCUUUCAAAUCUAUACUGAUGGCAAACGAAUAACGCAUUAAGGUGACAUAAAUUUCAACUUCUCUGAUAAACAUGGCAGCUCAGAUGCAAAUCAGUGUUACAUUAUUCCUUAUCCUGAUGGUAAAUUUUAACAUGCUAAUAUUUUUUGACAAAAAAUUAUUUUUUGAGUCAUUCAGUUUGAUAUUUUAAAACUAUUUGUAACCAGAGUCAACAAAAUGAAAUAUAAGUAUUGUUAAAUGAACUGAAUCUAUAAUGAGAAAUUAAAUGUUUUAUUUAAAUAGAAAUGAUUUUAAAGUAUAUUAUCCGUAUCUGUUGAAUAGUUUAUCAGUGUUUGAAUUUUUAUCUUGUAUAAAUUUUUUAUUGAAAAUGUAUUUCAGGGGUUUCCUCAAGUGUAUUUACUGGUUAUUCAAUUUGAAAUGACUGAACUGAACGUAUCUUUCACUGCCACUGGCUCAUUUACCAGUGUACUAUAGAUAACUUGUUCAACCAUGUGUUCACUGAUUUGAUCAUGUGUUCAAUGAUUUGAUCAUAUGUUCACUUAUUCAACCAUGUGUUCACUGAUUUGAUCAUGUGUUCACUGAUUCCAUCCGUUUCUGGUUCAAUCAUAUAUAUUUAACUUGUUAAAUCAUGAAUUAGUUUAUUCAACUGUGUUCAAUGAAAUGGUCACUAGAUCAAUCAUGUGUUCCUUGUUUUGACCAUGUGUUUUCUGUUUUGACCAUGUGCUUUCUGUGUUCUCUGGGUUGAACAUGUGUAUACUGGUUCUAAAAUGUGUUCACAUGCCAGUUUCAUAUAUUAAUCAUAAGAGUACAGAUGUAAUUGUGUCUUCAACUGGUUUCUGACGUUCUACAUGGUUGAAUAAUGUUCCAUGGUUCAAGCAUGAGUACUCUGGUUUCAGGCAUUCUACAUGGUUGAAUAAUGUUUCCAUGGUUCAAGCAUGAGUACUCUGGUUUCAGGCAUUCAACAUGGUUGAAUAAUGUUUCCAUGGUUCAAGCAUGAGUACUCUUGUUUCAGUCAUUCAACAUGGUUGAAUAAUGUUUCCAUGGUUCAAGCAUGAGUACUCUUGUUUCAGUCAUUCAACAUGGUUGAAUAAUGUUUCCAUGGUUCAAGCAUGAGUACUCUGGUUUCAGGCAUUCAACAUGGUUGAAUAAUGUUUCCAUGGUUCAAGCAUGAGUACUCUGGUUUCAGGCAUUCUACAUGGUUGAAUAAUGUUUCCAUGGUUCAAGCAUGAGUACUCUGGUUUCAGGCAUUCUACAUGGUUGAAUAAGGUUUCCAUGGUUCAAGCAUGAGAACACUGGUGUGAGGCAUUCUACAUGGUUGAAUAAUGUUUCCAUGGUUCAAGCAUGAGUACUCUGGUUUCAGUCAUUCUACAUGGUUGAAUAAUGUUUCCAUGGUUCAAGCAUGAGUACUCUGGUUUCAGGCAUUCAACAUGGUUGAAUAAUGUUUCCAUGGUUCAAGCAUGAGUACUCUGGUUUCAAGCAUUCUGCAUGUGUUUGAAUAAGUUUUUCAUGGUUGAAUCAUAAUCACUAAGUGAUUGUAAGUGAUUAUAUUAUAAUGUGUUCACAGAUAUAAUCAUUUGUCACAUUUUCUGUCAAAUCUUUAGGGGGAUUAUUUUUAGGCCAAAUGUCUUCAAAGUGCUUAGUUAUGUUGUUAUUACUGUCUGUUCAUCCAGCAUCAGGGGCCUUGUUCACCAAAACUUAAGCUAAAAAAUUUUUGUAUGAAGCCUUUUAAUUGGCUAUCUGAUUAAAAUACAGAUCUGUAUUUCGUCUCGUUUUUUUAUAACUUCGCUGGUCUACACUACAUGAAGAUCUGAUUGGUUGUAGUAAAAGGUCGCGUCAGAGGUCGUACGAAGGACUUAUGGCCCUAUGACGUCAGACAUUUAUUAAUCAAUAAGCGUUGACAUUUCUGGUGGUUUACCCACAGUUCCUUGCAUCACAUGCCAAGAAAUCGCCGUAACAGAUGGUUUCAUUGGCUAAUCCCUCACGCCAUCCAGAACACAAGUUAUAUAACAACUCUUCCAGAUCCUAGUGUAGUAUAGACAAAUCAAUAGUCUCUAUCAUCCAGAAAAAUAUUCUACGAAUAUUAGUCUGGACAGGUUGUCAAUAUUUGAGAAAAAUUGGCUAGAUAAUCCGGUCUUUCACAUUAUCAUAAACAAUGUCUAAGGGAGGUAACUCCUCUUAAAACAAGAUGUUUACGCCCAUGAAAUUAAUUUAAGAAUGUCAUUUCAAAAAAUCCAAUUGAUUGGAUGCGAAUUCAAUAUCUAACACUCUUAAUUAUUUAUUGUAAAAUUUCUCUCUUCAUGGGCCAUAUCUAUGCUUUUAAAAUUAAUCCUAAUUCGUCAUCAUGAUUCAUGUUUGUUUAUAUUAAUGCAAGAAUUAUGGGAUUUAUUGUGGGAAGGGGUGCAACUUUUACUUGACUUGGCUAAAGAGACUGGAUAAUCAACCACAUUAAAAACCAAACUCCCGGUUACGCAUGGGCAAUGGACUUUACGUCAAAUAUUGACAACCUUCCCAGACCCUCCGUAUGUUGAAGACUAGGAGGUUCUGGGUGACCGAGACUAACAAAUCGAAUGAAAUUUUGAAUUAUAAAAAACGAAACGAAAUAGGUUCUAUGUUUUAAUCAGAUUGUUUAACUGGUUGAGAGUGAAAAUCCUAGUCACAUUCUUCAAAUCUUUUAGUUUAAAUUUUUGUGGAUAUGGUUUCAGACCAUUAUCAUUUUUGAUAAGGUUUCAUUUCCAGGUAGAUUUAGAUUCUUUACUUUGUGGAUAAAAUGAAUAUGUUAAAAUCUUCAAUUUGUAAUUUAACUGAUGGGUGAUUGAUACACUUGAACCUCAUGUUAUCCACGUGUUCAGUCCUGUUUUCAUUGGUUUAGUGUUGUAUCCACUGGUUUAAUCUUGUAUUCACAGAUUCAGUCUGGUAUUCACUGUUCAAUCUUGUAUUCACUGAUUUGAUCUGAUAUUAUUCACGAACGGUUUUGUCCAUUUCAGUCUUGUAAUUACUGAGUAUAAUUGUUGAAUGUUUUAAGUUUGUUGCUUGUGAGUUGUUACAGUAGAUGACUUAUGUUUAAUUAAUUUGAUUGUCUUUGGGCUGAAUUUCUUUUGUCAGUUCAGUUAAAACAGAUUUGGUUUUGUCGUCAUUAGACGUUAAAAGAAUUGGAUAAUACAAAUUGUGAGAAAUGAAAACUGAAUUGAAUUUCAUGUUUUAGCUUACAAAAAUAAUUGACAAGUUAAAAUUUAGAAUAUGAAGGAAAAGUUAAAAGCUUGCGAAUUAAUAAAAACUUGUUUAAAAAUUGCCUUGAAAAGGGGACAAGAAAUCAGCCCUUGUCGUAGUUUGGUUAAAUGUUUAAUAUAGUGGUAUAUAAACUUGUAAAUAUAAAUAUACAGUAUAUUAUAUAUAUAUUAUAUUAAUGAAUAUCCUUGUUAUAACAUAUAUUAUGGAUAAUAUUGAAUGUAUGUACAAUGUAUAAUAUUAAAUAUUUUAUGUGUGUACAUAACAUAUAACUUAACCUAAAUACAUACACUAUUUUUAUUCACUUCAUGAGUUCAUGCCACAAAAUCUUCUACACGUUAAUUGUUUGUAGAUAUAUUAGAAUUACAAGUUACUCACUUACAGGACAUCAUUUUCAAAAUUUUGCUAGUUGGGUCCUAGUAGUGGCCAACAAUAUUAUGAUUAAAUGAAUUUUAUUCAGUUUAUUCAUGCAAAAAUAUUUCGAGCCUCUAGUGUAUAUUUUGGCAGUGUUAAAUAACUUGAAGGAAAUUCUUCAAAUAUCUAGCAAACAGGCAAGAUGUUAAGUUAUUAUCAGUACUUAUUAUUGUGCUAAGUUUGGUAUUAUAUUAAAUAUUUAAGUGUGGUUUCAUGGUUGAGAGUGGAACAUUAAAGCUGCAUUAUGUAAGAGCUAAAUCUGCCUUUUGUUUGGGUUCAUAUGUUAUAUAAAUCAUUAAUUAGACAUUUAUUCACAUGUCAUGCCCAUAGUCAACUCUCUAGAUCAUCGGAUAGUGUGGAUUUUCAACAGAUUUAAACACGAUUACCAGUUAAUAAUUAAAUUAAGAAAUAGAUAAUCCAGACUUUGUUUAUUAUUGUAACAAUAGUAGCAAUGACAAUCGAGACUACGCUGUUCUUCAAAUGGCCAUAAAGUUACUCAGAAUGGAGUAAUUUGACUGAAAUUUUCAACAUAUUCCCUUUUCAUUAUCUAUUUUUUACCUAUUAUAACUAGAUCUGUCAGGUCUUUUUUUUAAUCAAACUAUGGUUGAGAUUAGAGAAUCAUAAAUCGUAAAUAAUAGACAUUAUCAAUCAUGGCAUUUAAUAUGGCAUAGGUUUGUGGCAAUAUUUCAUUGAAACAGAAAACAUGUCUCUUCUACAUUGUAUCAUCAAAAGAUAUCAUAAUCAGAUAUAUAUAUAUAUUAUAUUGUAAAUAUGUAAUCAAGUUCACAGUAUGGUGUGUACAUUUAAAGAAUGGAUAAAUCAUCUCACCCUGCUUAUUUUUAAAAAAAAAAAAAAAAAAAAUUUGAGGAAAAAAAGUCACAUGUUCAUUUAUAUGAUUUAAAAAAGAAUUUAUUUAAUUCUGGAUAGUUCAAAUGGAAAAAGUAUCUAGAUAGUAUGUAUCUAUUCUAUUGUCUUGAUAUCACAUUAAACCAGAUAUUAUUUUCUCCUUUAAUCUUCUCCAGGAAAAAUAAGCAGAGAAUGAUUACAUUUGCUUUAUAACUGUGUAUGAUGUGUAUUGCUAUCAAACGUGUAUAUUGAUCGUAAAUUUAUCAACAUAAUGCUGUUAAAUAUUGGUCAUUUAUUAUAAUUAUUCACGUGUGUCAACUUCAUUGAUAUCUAUUGAACCAUAUAAUUGAAUUCAAAUUUUUAUAAUUAGGAGAGGGUUUGGGUUAUUAAAAUGUACUAUUAAUAACUUAAAUGAGAAUAUCAUAAGUUAUAUUGAAUAUGUCUUUUUUAAUGUAGAUAUCAAAUGCUCUUUAUUGCUGUGCAAAACAUUGCCAGUCUGUAUAACCCAUGUCCCAUAGGCUUAACACCACCUGUGGCCUCCUUUUUUAAAAAAAACUUGAAGUAAAAUUUAUACUGGUAAAUGAAAAAAGUUUUCAUUGGUUCAAGGUGCGUCAUGUUAAGAUCUUAAUCUGCCUAUUGCAGGUCUUUAUUUUGGCUUCAAAUGUUAUAUAAACUAUUAUCUAGGCAUUUAGUAACAUAACAAGCCUAUAAUCAACUCUCUAGAUCAUCAGAUGGCGGAGAUUUAAUUGGAUUGAAGUAUGAUCGCCAUUUUAUGAUUUAAUUAAAAAAUGGAGAAGUGAGGCUGAGUCUCGAAUCUGCCCAACACCCAUAACUUCGUCCGGUUUCCUCCCACUGCUAAAGACCCCUAUGCGCAAGUGAAUUAUUGAAAUAAAAUUAAACCAUAUGUUAGUCCCAAAAUGACCUAGUUGUGUCGAGUGGACGUUAAACCCCAUUUCUCUCUCCCAUAACUUCGCUGAGUUGAAUGGUUUCAUUAUCUAUUUUAAUCUAUAGCAAGAACGUCCAGCUCUUUAUCUAAAUCUCACAUAAUGCAUCUUUAAUUAAGAGUUAGAAUUGUAAUAUGCAUUUUAACCCAUCGCCAUUGGAAACACUUCAUCCUUAAACUAUUUUAGUGUAAGUUUUAGAGAAUAAGACCUUAUGGGCCACAAUUCUGAUAAAAUGGUUUUAACUUGGGAGUGUAAAUUCAUUUUAACUCCUUGGAUACAAUAAUUAUUAGUUAUCCACAGCAUUGCCAUGCCAGUAUGUGCGUCUUAGAAAUUUUGUUCCACUCGGAUUUGAUCAUUUCCAUCAGAAUAUUUGAUACGUAAAGAUACAUUAUGUUAGAUUUAGAUAAAGAGCUAGCCAUUCUUGCUAUAAUAGUUCGAAAAUAGAUAAUGUAACAUGAAUAAUGUGAAAAUUUCAUUCAUAUUACUCUAUUGCGAACGAAGAUAUUAGCCUUUGAAGGUUUGACAGACGUGUGCAAUAAUUUCAACCACCACCCUGGUUGUUCGAAGCUAAGUCUCGCUCCUCCAUUUUUAGCUUAAAUCAAAAUAUGGCUGAACUGUUCUAAUCUAUUUAAUAUCGGAGAAAUCUGAUGCCAUCAAGAGUUGAUUAUGGCCUGGAUAAGUUAAUUAAUGUCUAAUUAAUGAUUUAGAAAACAUUUCAGGCCUAAAGAAAGACCUGUGAUAGGCAGAUUUAGCUCUUGCAUAAUGUAUGUUUAAUACCAACAUCUAUGAAGUCAGUAAAGGCACUUUUAAAACCUACUGUAAUAAUUACAGUAUAAUUUAAGAGCAAUAAAAUUUAGUUAUGACAAAAGAAUCUCAAUACUAUCCAAUCAAAUUACUUGACCAUGAGUGUGAAAGACACUAACUAAAAUUUGAAAAUAAAUCUUCUAAAACCAAAAUAAGUAAAUUUUCACCAUAAGCUUAAACUGACAGGAUCGCUUUUAUUUGGGUGCAAAUCAAAAUGUUAAUUUAAUUAGUUGAAUUUUUAUAAGAAAUGAUUUUCUUUCUGCUUACACUGUGGAAAUGAAAAUUUAAUAUUUUAGUGCUUGUCGUAUAACUAAUCCUUGAAAUUUUGACUCAGAUCUAAUUAGAUUUAUCAUUACUUCUAUGAAGUUGGCAUACCAUUACAAAAACUUGUGGAUUUAGCAUCUUGAUGUGGAGCCUAUGGUUUUGACAGAGUGUAUUGAAAUCAUGGACUGAAUGACAUAUUUCCUCCAUCUUUUUGAAUUUAUUUUAUGAUAUAUAUUAUAUAUAAGAUAAUUUGAUUGGAUCGUUGAAUGUUGUGUUGUUGUGAAACGUGGCCUGUUAUUUGUUUGUUUUUUUUCAUGUUAUUGACAAAUGUGGGGGAAUUAAUCAUCUGUCGGAGGCUGGGGUCUUUCUGUUCCUUGUCCUACGUCAACAUUAACUUGAAUAAAGUCUUUCAUUAUAAAAACUACAA